UGCGACUUGGUUCCGCUAUCGCCGGAGGCCUUCCUGGACUGUCACCGAGGUCCCGCGGCGCCGGUGGGAGGAAGAGGCCGCCCUCGCUGUUUGUUGUCCUCGCUGCUUGUUGUCCUCGCUGCAGGCGGGAGGCGGGCUUCCUCUCGAAAGCCUACGGCUCCUGCGACCCCUCUUACCAGCGCCAUGGCAGUCCCAGGUUGCAACAAGGAUAGUGUCCGAGCCGGCUGUAAAAAAUGUGGCUAUCCUGGUCACCUGACAUUUGAAUGCCGUAAUUUUCUCCGAGUGGACCCCAAAAGGGAUAUAGUUUUGGAUGUGAGCAGCACAAGCAGUGAAGAGAGUGAUGAAGAGAAUGAAGAACUGAAUAAAUUGCAGGCAUUACAAGAAAAAAGUGACUCUUCUAAGAAGAAGAAAUAGAGCAGACCAUUCUGAGCCAGUCCGAGUCAUGUUUUGCUUAAUGGGUAGAAGAAACAAUUAUGUGAUCUUCAAAUGUGCUUUCUCAGUAUUCCAUAUGUAAUUUAUGUUUUUCUCCUAGACAGCUGCACCUUACUGAGGAUUUGCUUACCCUUUUUCAUUUAUAUCACCUGCCUUUACAAAAGAGACCACGAGAUACAGGGGCUUGGAGUUGUCUAUUAUCUCUAUGCAACUGUAUUAUUUUAUUUGUACCAAGCAGCUCUACUAAUAUCCGCCCUUUUAAUUUCCAUCCAGAACUCUGCUUCCAACAGCCCCUCUCCUCAGGCCUCCAUCCCUCCCUCCGCAACCCCGAGUGUCAGUGGAUGCUCAAAACCACAGGGUGGAUGUGUUUGAUCUUCCCAGAGCACCAAUUUUCUUCAGAUAUGAGAAGGAGAAGAUGUUAUUAUUAGAGUAAA